UCGAAAUAUGAUCCAAAAAAUUAUGAGACAAAAUAUUUAGUCGGUGACAAAAUUUUUACCCAGAAACAACGAACCCCUGUUUUAUUUUUAAAAAAUUUUAAAUCCAGGAGUUCUUUAGAUUCGACAUGGAUGAUUUCGAUUUCAGCACACCGCCGCCAGAAGUGCGAGUCAUUCACACCCACAACUUGAAUGACGAGCAGGUGAAGGACCUUGAGGAGGCAUUUGCACUAUUUGACAACGAGGACACCAAGGUAAUUUCCAUCAAAUAUCUAAAGGACUGCUUGAGGGCCGUGGCCCACAAUCCCCCCGAAAACGAGCUCCAGGAUUACAUCACCGAAAUCGAUACGGAUAAUUCCGGAGAGCUGUAUCUCAGCGACUUUCUCUACAUUAUGUCUAAGAGGUACGAGGGCAUGACCCCCGAGGAUGAAGUUAUACUUGCAUUCAAGGUCUUCGACAAGGAGGACAAAGGCUUCAUUCCAGAGACCGAAUUCCGUCAGAUUAUAACCAAUAUGGGCGAGCCCAUGGACGAGGAUGAAAUCGAGGAGUUGAUCCGCGAUGCAGAUGCCAACACCGAAAUGAAUAUUGAAUAUGUCAAGUUUGUGCAAAGGAUGAUGGAGACCUAAAACGGGGAACACAUACCUAUAAAAGAGACUAAAGAAGAAACCCUCAAGGAUCUCAAGCAGUUGGACUUAACUCAAAGCAUAAUUCUCCAAGGUUGACGCAAGAAUCUAUGGUUUCAAAAGAGAUUCCACACGAUUGAACUUUAUUUUUUAUUAAACUCGACUGGAAAUUAAUUGUUUAAAAUACUGAGACUAAGACAAAUAAAAUUAUUAGUACCUUUC